AAAGGGUUAUAGGAUCAGAUGUUUGCCAUGAAAUGUGUCAGAACAUCUCCCUCCAGCAUUUCUCUAUUAGUAGUCAACCAGAGUUGAUAUGUUGGGAAGGUUCCUGUCAUGCAGUUUUAUUGAGAAAGCUUGAAAGCUUGAAGGAUCAUCAAGGAGAUGAAGCGUAAACCUUUAAGGAUAUUAAAAGGUUGUAUGGAUUUCCUAGCCACUCUCUGGUGAGUAGGUUAAUCACUGAAUUGUCUUACUCUUCCAAUCCACACUGGCUUCAAAAAGCAUGCGAUUUAGUUUAUUCAAUUCUGAAAGAGAAAUCAGAUUUACUUCAUUCUGAUUCUCUGACUAAGCUCUCCCUGUCCUUAUCAAGAGCUCAAAUGCCUAUCCCUGCCUCUAUGAUCCUUAGAUUGAUGCUCUAGAAAGGGAAUGUGCCCCAAAAGAAUGUGCUAUGGUUGAUCAUUCUGCAUAUGGUAAGGACAGAGAUAGGGACAUAUCUUGCAUCCAAUUACUUGGUUCAGAUUUGUGGCCAUUUCCUGCUUUUGAGUGCAAGCAAUUCCAAUCAUGCAAAGCUUAUAAAGCCUGACACGAUGAUUUUUAACAUUGUUCUUGAUGGUUGUGUGAGAUGUGGAUCAUCCUUCAAAGGCCAGCGGAUCAUAGAGUUGAUGCCACAAGUGGGGUGUGCCGAUGCACACUCUAUCAUUAUUAUUGCCCAGAUCCAUGAGAUCAAUGGUCAGAGGGAUGACUUGAAGAAAUUUAAAUGCCAUAUUGAUCAAGUUUCAAUUCAGUUGGUUCGUCAUUACCGGCAAUUCUAUGAUAGCUUGCUGAGCUUGCAUUUCAUGUUUAACGAUAUCGAUGGUGCUGCUGGGCUUGUGUUAGAUAUGUGUAGAUGUCGGGAUUCUCUUUCUAUUCAGAAAGAUAGGAAUGAAUCUCAUAAGACUUGCCUUGGUCCAAUUGGAUCUUACCAUCUCAGGGAAGGCUUGAAAAUACAGAUUGUGCCUGAGCUGCUUCAGAAGGAUUCUGUCUUCAAAAUGGAUAGUAAACAGGAAUUUGUAUUGUUUAGUAAUGGGAAAUAUGUUCUUAGUAAUAAGGCCCUCGUCAAGCUUGUCAUUGCAUACAAGGGAGAUGGUAGGAUUGGUGAGCUUUCAAGGGUUAUGCUUAGCCUUCAAAAAGAGUUGGGUACCUUGGAAGGAGGAGGAUUGAUUUCUGAUGUGAUUGAUGCUUGUAUUCAGUUGGUGCUGGAGACUGCUCAUGACAUCUUGGAUGACAUGGAAUUGGCUGGGCUCCCCUUGGCUCGUACAUACAUGUCACUCUUGACAGCUUAUUACAAGGGAAAGAUGGCUAGGGAAGCAAAGGCACUGCUUAAACAAAUGAGAAAGGCUGGUUUCGUUGUGGAUUUGUCUGAUGAAAUGGUCAUGACUACCUGCUUAUUAGGAGUUGUGGAUAAAAAUAGAAUGCAUACUAGAACAUCAACUUCAAUUGGGAACUCAGGUUUGGCUGAGUCUUUGGUCCGAGAAAUGAAAAAGCAGGAGAAAGCAAUUCUUCCUGUGGUUUAUGAGUUCAAUUCUUCUAUUUUCUUCUGCAAGGCAAAAAUGAUUGAUGAUGCAUUGAAGAUAUAUAGAAGAAUGCAGGAGACGGAAAUUGAACCCACCGUGCAAACUUCUAUUAACCUGGUAUAUGGGUAUUCUUGCUUGAAUAUGUAUAGGGAAGUCACAAUCUUGUGGGGGAACAUUAAGAGGAGUAGGGAGAGUGGAAGUUUAGUGGUAUGCAGGGAUUUGUAUGAGUUCUUGGUACUGAAUUUUCUUCGAGGUGGUUACUUUGAGAGAGUGAUGGAGGUGAUUGGUCAUAUGAAAGCAGACAUAUACCUUGAUAAGUGGAUGCAUAAAAGUGAGUUCCUAAAGUUUCACAAGAACCUCUACAGGAACUUGAAAGCAUCAAAUACUAGAACUGAGGCUCAAAGCAAGAGGCUUGAGUAUGUUGAGGCAUUUAGGAAAUGGGCUGGAAUCGAUUGAAUUUCAAGCAUGGGGUGCUUGAAAACAGUUUCGGUGCCUUCUUAGUCUUUCUAAUGUCCAUCCUUAACUUGAAUGACAAAGAGUUGAAGUUGAA